UAGGCUGUCAGAACAUUAUGAAAGUUAUUAAAUGAUGAAAGAUAUGGCCUGCACAAAACGGAGGCAAUUAAAACGGUUGUCACUGACCCAUUUAGUACUUACAUUUCCAGAUAAUUAAACAUUAGUCGUUUGAAAUCUGCUUUUUAUCAAUGCUGUCAUUGUAGAUCACUUAAAAUCAGCCUCUAAAAUUCGAGCGUUAAAUUAACCAAAACUACGGUCAUCUUUGAUAAAUGUGUGACAAAAAAUAAUGAAUAUUGUCAGGUGAGUGGCAGAGAGAGAGGAGUGGCUCCAGAAAUGCUUGUGGGGCACCAGAACCAUUCGCGGAAUAUGUAUCAUAUGAGCGUGAACACUUUUUGCGCGACUGCCAUGAAACGGCUGGGGAAGUCGUGUCUUCACCUCUAACGUUAUUUUUAACAACAUGACUGCGGAUUGCACGAGCUACUACAGUGCAGAGAACGUGUUUGUGAAUGGAUUUUCGUGCCCUAAAGCGGGAAGCGAUGCUCAGGCAUUAUUCUGCUGCGGAUUUAACGACAUCAAGUAUUGCUGUGAUGACCCUAACAGUUUUUUCCCCUACAAGUAUGGAUACAUGUGGUGGCUCAGCCUUGACAACGGCCUGCCGCUCCGAGAACCAGGAAUGAAUCCUGUUCCCAGUGAGGGACCCAGCGGUCAUUCCAGCACGCCUCCGGCCAGCGGUCCCCAUGGAUUGAGGAAGCACUUCCUGAGCAAGAAGCUGGACUGUGACCACCGGCCGUCUGACCCUGACAGAUUGUUCCAGAAGUGCUUUGUGGCCAACGUCACCGCUGUGGACAUGGAGGGGCCUUCAUAGGGGCACUUGAAAGGGACGGAUCGGAUAUCCGACGUGGUCUGAAAUGGAUGUGUAGGAAUGUGUCACCCUGAAGAUCCGUACCCACCUGUUAAUUGCACAAAGAACUGUGCAUGCAUAAACGUGUUAAUGGCAGCUGAUUGCUCUCCAUGUACAAACCUGACUAUAAUAAAACAUGACAAAAAUGUU